AGAAAAGAUGGCACCAAAUGUUGCGGCAUCAGUUCCAACAUCACCUACACAAGACACAGAAGAGCUGAGACUCAGGAAAAUGACUAAGAGGGCUAAGAUUAUCAGUGAGCUGAUCCAGACAGAAAAAGACUUUCUGAAUGACUUGGAGCUCUGCAUUCAAGAAGUAGUACAGCCACUCCGUAACCAUCAAGUAAGUUUGCGACUUUUUCUUUUUAUCUAGCUGUUAAAACAACAUGCAUUAAGAAAAUACAUAAUGAAUGAAACAUAUGUAUGUAAGCCUAAAUCCACAUACAAUUCUAUACAUUGAAUAUUUAAAAGGACACUGUAGGCAGGAGAACCAAUGGUGUCUAGAGCCCAUGCCGAGAGGCUGAGAAGUGUAAAUACUUACUUUUCCGAGAAAAGACUGUGUUUACAUAACUGCCUAAGUUCAACCUUUAGUGGCUGUCACUAAGCAUCAUUGCAUCAAUGUAGCUCUGUAUGUAGAUUCUGAUUGGUGCAGAUCGGUGAUUUGCUGCACAUGCACCCUAGCUUUUCAAUGCUUUCCAACUGGGAAGCAUUGAAUUGGCAGAGAUCAUUAGGCAGAGCACCUGAAUGGAGAGUGGCACCCCUGGGGAGUAAAGGUAAGUAUUUUUUUUUUAAUUCACACAAGAGGGGCCUAAUAAUCCAAAAAGUUGUUAGGGCACUACAGCAUUAGAAAUUCAUCUUUGUAAUACUUUUAUAGUAUUACUUUAAUUAAGAACAAAUAUAAUUGCAGGAAUUUCACUUGGAAUUCCUUAACAUUUGUUUAUUAAUCUUAGGCUGGUUUCUUAUCGUUGGUUCCAACAAUGACACGCUGUCAUUGACUGCAGGUAAUGUAAUACAUAUGGCUUGUAUUCCUAUGAUACUAGGAAUAGAAAAGGUGACUAAUAUACUUUAUGUGUUCUGUAAAAUCUACUUGAAUGUCAAACAAAGCAAUGGCCAGAUAUAUGUUUACAGGACAAGUGGCACCAGUGUGUUGUCAGCUAUUUAUAUAGAUAUAGGAUGACGGAACAAUCUUCACUCUAUAACAAUAUACAUUUGCUAUAGCUCCACCUACUGUCCAGCACAUCAAAUACAUGUGUUUUUUAAAUUAUUAUUCUUCUCAUUUUUGGCAUUUAUAUAGCGCCAAGAUAUUCCGCAGCGCUUUACAAUAUUAUAAGAGGGAGAAAUUUUACAAUAAAUGAGACAAGUACAAAAUGUAAGAGGAACAGUAAAUUGAUGAGGACACUGCUCAAACAAGCUUACAGUCUAGAUGUGACUGAUGUUGCUGCUCCAACACCCCUUUCCAAUAGCAUGGAAAUCAUAACAUGAAGCUUUGUUUAUCUAUAGUUUCCAACUGUAUUUGACUUAAAAAGUUGACUUAAAGGAACACUAUAGGUUCUGAAACACAACCAUGUAUUCCUGACCCUACAGUGCUAAACCCACCAUUUAGGUGGCUUGCCCCGCCUUUGCCCUCUUAAAAGGAAUUAAAACUCACCUUAAUUCCAGUGCUGUGCAGGUCUGCCAGCAAUAGCCCCGCCCCAUUUGUGACAUAAUCAGAAUUGCUGAUUUUUAACCAAUUGGCUGAAAUCGGCAAGGGGGCGGGGCCAAACACCGUUAUAGCUGUGCAUUUAAUCAAUGCAUUGAAUCAAUGCAUCUAUAAGAGGAAAAUUCAGUAUCCCUAUGCAGAGCGUGGAGACGCUGAACGGCACUGCUGCCUACUGUGCAGCAUUGAUGAAGCACCUCCAGUGGCCAUCUGAGGAGCGGCCACUUGGAGAUGUCCUUAGGGACAAUGUAAACAUUGCCUUUUCUCUGAAAAGGCAGUGUUUGCAUAAAAAUAGCUGAAGGCAAUGAUUAUACUCACCAGAACAACUACAUUAAGCUGUAGGUGUUCUGGUGACUAUAGUGUCCCUUUAAAAACAACCCUCCAAAUAACAUAACCAAUAUAGCUUUCAGGAGCAGCACCCGGAGGACCCCAGGUAAGAAGUCAAACCAUUCUAAUAUGGUUGAACUACAUUCGAUUGGGGUUUACCAGGGCACUUCAGCACCAUAACCACUAAAGCGAGCAAAGUUCUACAGCUCAGGAAUUGCCUGAGGAGUGCAUGGAUUUGGUAAUGUUCCUCCAACCUCAGUUUUGUUAUACUUGCCUGUCAGCAUAGGGGGAAUACAGAGCAGUUCACUGCUCAUUUUAGGAGGUUUUCUAAGGAGCUGAAUUUAUCCAAGUUCCCUCAGACUCAGCUAGUCGUUUCACAGCUGCUUGAUGUGGAAAGGCUUUUGGGACAAAUUGCUGCUCCUCUUGCUCUCUCUUGCCUGGACUCCUACUCCAAGUUUUCACUGCUAGCCAGCUAAUAAGACAUUUCUCCAGUCUAUGUACAGAUGACUACUGACUAGGACUCACAUUUAUCCUUAAUGGAAGUUGGGGAGAGAUCUAUACCUGUUGUGACUCUAACUACUUACCCCAUAUUGUAGCUUCUGACAUAUGGGGACAUGUCUACUAAACAUUUAAAACUAGUGACUCUGCCCAGUCGCUAGAAACGACAUGGGGUCUGUGAACAGGGAGGGGGACAUAGUCUGGUGCUGUAAAUUAGUUUGGAUAUGGAUAUUAGUGAUUAACCAAACUCAUCCAAACCGAUGCUACAAAAUCGAUCGAACUGACCAAAUCGUGACCACAUUUAAAUCUGAGAAAUGUCAAUGUGCUAGAAAUUUCGGUUGUUUUCACCAGAUUUUGUCCAUUCGGACUAAAUCCAGCGUUUAGUGAAUAACCUUGUUAGUUUAUUCAGAACUCAAAAUUUUACAAAUAAACUUUAUUGCAUGAGAUUGAGAUGUACUGUUGUACAAAUAAGAAGUGCAGCUCAAUACCAGCAUUACCUUUAUUCCAAGGCUACGUGUUCAGAUUAACAGAUUAUUAUUAUUAUUAUUAUUAUUAUUAUGAUAUUUAUAGAGCGCCGUCAAAUUCCGCAGCGCUUUACAAUGGGUGGACAAAAGAUCUGGCAUUUGUACUAUUACACAUAAUACAAAAUAAUAGAAACAUUUGAAUUGUAGUGGAUGUAACAGUGUCUAUACUACAGAGCAUACUAUACAUGUUUGUAACGCUUAUAACUCUAUCCCUUUUCUAUCCUCAGUCUGAGCGGUUUGAUGUGGACAUCCUGUUUAGCAACAUUGAAUCUGUACGCCAAAUAUCAGCCAAAUUGGUGUCUUUGUUAGAAGAAGCGACAACAGAUAUUGACCCAGACAAUCAAGUGCUAGGUACGUAAAAGUUUUUUUAGUUUACCAUUUCAAUUUCUAGUAUUCCAUUCUGUGUAUAGGAGAUGCAGUGCCUGUCUAUGGCAGGGGUAGGCAACUGGAGUGCAGAAGGUUUCCUAGCCCUGUUUAAUGUAGUGUAGUGUGUGUAGGGGAUAUAGUGCAUAUUGGUGAUGCAGUGUGUGUGUGUUAGGAAUAUAUUACGUGUUUGACGAUGAUGCAGUGUGUGUAGGGCUUGUAGUAGGAUAUAAGGGAUGCCGAAUGUGUAGGGAAUUUAUUGCAUGUGUACUGUUGAUGCAGUGUGUGCUCGGUAGGUAGUGUGUGUUUGUACUGGGGAUGGAGUGUGUUUGCUGGGUAAGUACAGGGCUAAAUUAACAUGUCAGGUGCCUGUACACACAGAAUUCUAAGGCACCCUCUGCACCCCUCCCUCCACCACAAAAAAGGCAGAUAAAGUGAAUGCCAUUAAUUUAAUAACUGGACAUUGGAAAUACAUAUAUUCAGAUUUGACAACUGUAAAUGUAUAUAUGUAUGCAUGUGCAUGUUUAUACUUGUAAAGUAUUCUGUUUGAAUCGCAGAGUAUAGUGAGUGUGUGCAGUUGUGAAGGCGCUCGGUGAAGAAAAGGAUAACUGGAGUUGAGUUUAAAUAGCUGGUAUAAAGAGCUAACUGCAUAUUGAAAUGAUGAUGUAUUUGGGGAGGGGUCAAUGGCGAGGUUUGUGGAUGAGUCAUCCAGUUUUGCUUUUGGGUUCAAGCUCCAGUUAUUUUGGGGACUUACCAAUGUCCCUGUACCCAAGUCUCUCCUUCACAUUGCACCAGUCCUUCGCACACAUACAAUUUCAUACUCAGGUUAGGUCUAUUAUGUCUAUUCCUUGACAUGCGCAUUGUCGUCUUUUUCGGCCUAUUCCUGUUAUAAACCAAUUAUAACCUUUAAUAAUCACAGACACAUGAAUAAAUUGGCAAAAUAUUCCACGGCUUUAUUAAAUAUAUAUAAAUAAUAAAAUAUAAAUUUAAAAGGUCAUUGUCAACAACGCUUGAAAAGACAUCCCCCUAAUUAACAUAACUAAAUACCCAGACAAUGACCUCCAACAUAUUUACAGAAUACAUCCAACUAACAGUAUAACAUAGCAUAAAUACCAUAAACCUUAACAUAGCCACCGAGGGCCUCCAUUUCCAAUUGUAGGGGCAUACCAAGACACCCCUACGCCAUUAUCAUAGCCACCAAGGGCAUCCCUUUCCACUGUAGGGGCAUACCAAGACACCCCUACACCAUUAUCCCAGCCACCGAGGGCAUCCAUUUCCAGUGUAGGGGCAUACCGAGACACCCCUACACCCCCAGGUUCGUAGCUACCGCCGAGCUCGAACCUACCACCAAAUCUAAAGGUAAGUAUUCCUCCUGACCUAUCCCACUUACCAAAAACCGACCUACCCCCAAUUAACCUAAUCCAUCCCCCGCCGCCGUGACAAAACGGGAGAGUCAUGACUCUUAGCCCUUAACCAACUAAAUUAGGGAGGGUGGGCGGGACAGCUAACAACAGGUAAAGAUUUCAAAUUAAAAUGGAACCCAAAUUUAAAAUGGCGAAUUAUUAUAUGUCUAAGCCACUCCCCCUUUUACCCACUAACCAAUCCAGACACACUCAUCCAUAGGCCAGCCUCCUAGCUCUGUCAAGGCCCAUUCCACCUAGCUUUGCUAUUCCAUGGGCUUCAUGACAUGCGCAUUGUCGUCUUUUUCGGCCUAUUCCUUUUAUAAACCAAUUAUAACCUUUAAUAAUCACAGACACAUGAAUAAAUUGGCAAAAUAUUCCACGGCUUUAUUAAAUAUAUAUAAAUAAUAAAAUAUAAAUUUAAAAGGUCAUUGUCAACAACGCUUGAAAAGACAUCCCCCCAAUUAACAUAACUAAAUACCCAGACAAUGACCUCCAACAUAUUUACAGAAUACAUCUAACUAACAGUAUAACAUAGCAUAAAUACCAUAAACCUUAACAUAGCCACCCAGGGCCUCCAUUUCCAAUUGUAGGGGCAUACCAAGACACCCCUACGCCAUUAUCAUAGCCACCAAGGGCAUCCCUUUCCACUGUAGGGGCAUACCAAGACACCGCUACACCAUUAUCCCAGCCACCAAGGGCAUCCAUUUCCAGUGUAGGGGCAUACCGAGACACCCCUACACCCCCAGGUUCGUAGCUACCGCCGAGCUCGAACCUACCACCAAAUCUAAAGGUAAGUAUUCCUCCUGACCUAUCCCACUUACCAAAAACCGACCUACCCCCAAUUAACCUAAUCCAUCCCCCGCCACAGCACAGAGCUUGACCACCUCAAGCCUCCUGCGCGCCCCCACCCCGAAUAAACAGGGCCUGUCUAAGACCGUCCUGAAAGCCUAAGUUAAGGAAAUCCAAACCCACCUCCGAUAAAUGAACUCCAUCAUGUCUGAAGUAUCCUGGUAACAUAUCCUCUAGUUCCCUGUGCCUCACUACUACCCCCCCAGACCUUUUAAUAAAAGUUGCCAACAACUUGUUGAACUUGCGUCUAUAUCUCGCCAUAGCUGCGAAAUCCCGCGCAUGACGCCACUGGAAACGCGGUACCGUUUCCGACCAAACAAUAACCACCCCGGGAAGCAAGGACCUCAACUUAUCCACGUCCCUCUUUAUCCCACGAACUAAUUCCCUUUGCGGCACCAGACCAAAAUCAUUCCCCCCUGUGUGGAACAAUAUGAAAUCGGUGACUUCCCCUUGACCUAUCUUCCGAAAUAACUCCAACACGUAUCUCUCCAACCGAAACCCCGAAAACCAAACCAGAACAACCGUAACACAUCAGAAGGAAAGCCGAGCUGCGUGCCUUCUCUCCGAACUGCAGCUCUCCGUUCUGCCCAGUAGACAUAUGAAUGGCCUACUAUCCAUGCGACUCCACCUGAAAUAAAAGAAAUAAUUCAUAACCACAGGACCACCGUAAUUGUAUCCCAUAACAUAAAUUUGUUUACAUUAAAAGAUCAGGCCGGACAUAGGAACGGAACCUGAUCGAUUCCCAUCUCCCAAUCUUUUUAACUAACUCAUCCCCUAGGCCUAACCUCGCCGCCUCUGUGGCAGCCCCGAUCCUGAAGGAGUGGGUGCCAAAUUGCGUGGGAUCCAGGCCCAGGCGUUCCAAGCCCAACUUAAAGACCCUGUUGAACUGGAAUUUCGACAACGCCGAGCCGUCCGCAUGGCGAAAAAACGAACCCUGCCCCUUCGGACGGAGCUCCACAUAUCGCCGAGCACUGCCCACCGGGCAAGCCUCCACCUGAGGUAUUGAAAAUAGUUUUAUCGUACGACCUCUCCCAAAGACAUCCGUCUUCGAGCGCCGUAGUCGAAUAGCUACCUGUUCCACCCCUACGUCCACGUCCGCGAACUGGAGACCACCUUGUCUAAGCCUGUUGCUACUUACAAUCUCACUCACCCGAAAAGCCCCGAAAAAAGCCCAUACAAACGCCACCCUAAAUAGCAAGACCUCGAACAAAGAGAAACAUAAACCCGGCAGGGUACCCAAUAGUUGUUGAAGCAACCUAAAAGACACCGGCCUCCUAGUGUCAGGUGAUAACUUCCCUUUGCGGUAACCCUUCACUGCCUGCCGCACAAUAAAGGACUUUGUCGAAUCUUCCCACCCACGAAGCUUGAAGAGGAACGCCAAUGCUGCCAGGUUCCGGCCGACCACUGCCGGAGAAGCCCCCGCUGCGAACAGCCUGCAAAGCAACCAUAAUAGCGUAUCGAGACGUACCUUUGCGGAUACCAUGUCCCCCGUACCGCCUAAUGCUUCGUCCCACCUUUCCCAUACUUUACUAUACGCCGCCAACGUGCCCGGAGCCAACGAAUCCAUUAUCAGUCUUCCAAGCAGGAGGUCCCGAGACGCCACAUGUGAUCCGGACAUGGCAGACCCUCCCUUUGUGCGUUCGGAGCCUCCACCCGAAAUUUUUCCCACUGAAAGCGAGAAAGUGCAUCAGCAAUUACGUUCAAGAAUCCAGGAACAUGACGUGCACGAAAAACAAUAUUCAACUGCAUGCAAUACAAAACAAACUGGCGAAGCAGCCGCACUACUGGGACCGACGCCGCCGAAAGAUUGUUCACAGCCUCCACGACAGCCACAUUGUCCGUAAAGAAAACCACUCUCCUAUCACGUAGGGCCUGGCCCCACAAGGAGAGCGCUACCACUAAUGGGAACAAUUCGAGAAAAGCCAAGUUCCGAAUCUGAACCGCCCAAUGUUCGGGCCAUCUUUCCGCACACCAAUGACCCGCAAAGUAAGCCCCGAAGCCUACGCUCCCUGACGCAUCGGUAAAAAGCUCUAACUCGGGUGAUUCGAUACACUGUUCCCUAAAAAAGACUCGCCCAUUGAAAUCCCUCAGGAAGGCCUCCCACACACCCAAAUCCUCCUUCAUCGGAGCGGUGACCCUGAUAAAAUGAUGAGGUGACCGCACACCCGCCGUGGCUUUGGCGAGGAACCGGUUGAAUACCCUUCCUACCGGGAUAAUGCGACAUGCAAAAUUCAACCGCCCCAGCAAAGACUGUAUAGCCCGCAGUGUCGCCUUCUUUGCCCUACGCAACUCUGAAAUGGCAUCGCGGAGAGACUCCAACUUAUCUCGUGGUAAUCUGCAUUCCCCCGCGACCGUAUCUAUUUCAAGCCCCAAAAAACUCAGGCAUGUAAUAGGCCCCACGGUUUUGUCGCGAGCCAGAGGUACCCCAAAUACCUGACUGACCCAUUCAAGACACCGUAGCCUAAAGCGGCAAGCGUCAGAGCCAGCCGGCCCGACACACAAGAAAUCGUCCAGGUAAUGGACCACAAACUUGGUGCCCGCUUCCUCCCUCACUACCCAUUCCAUGAACGCGCUAAAUUUCUCAAAGUACGCACAUGAAAUGGAGCAUCCCAUGGGAAAACACAGAUCCACAAAAUAGUUUCCAUCAAGAUAACAACCUAAUAAGUGGUGACACUUUGGGUGAAUGGGCAAAAGGCGGAAAGCCGCUUCUAUAUCCGCCUUAGCCAACAACGCUCCCUGUCCUGCUUCCCUUACCAGCUCGACCGCUUGGUCAAAUGAUGCGUAGGAAACCGAACAGAGAUCCCCGUCAAUGUCAUCAUUGACUGAUGACCCCUUCGGGUAUGACAAAUGGUGGAUAAGGCGAAAUUUUCCUGCCUCCUUCUUAGGCACUACGCCUAAAGGGGAAACCCUAAGAUCCGGCAGCGGUGGUUCCCUAAACGGUCCCGCCAUCCGUCCCAGGUGAACCUCCUGAAGCAAUUUACCACAUACCACAUCAUGAUGUUCGCCCACUGAGCGCAAAUUACGGAAACGGGGAACCACAACCCGAUCCCUGAAGGGAAUGAUGAAACCCCUUGUAAAUCCCUCAAACAAUAGACGGGCAUCCUCCCGCUUACCGUAGCUGUUUAGCCAAGGGAGCAUCGCGUCUACCCUCACCGGAGACCGCCCCAGAGGCAGCGGAUGGUGCUGCAGCGCCUCCGGCCGCGCCUGUUGGAGUGGGCUUGCCCUUCUUGAAACACCGGUUGUAACCAUGUCCCCCCCCACCGCAUCCGGAGCAUUCAUGCCUAAAGCGGCAUGCGGAGCCCCACUUACAUUGGCCCUCAUUAUAGAGCCAGCAACAUCCCUUCCUUUGCGCAGCCGACGAGGUGGAAGAGGAACCGACGCCAGCCCCCCUUGAAAGGGAGCCGCCUUUUGAGCCAUCAUUAGCUUCAUCCAUAAUGGCAGGUCCAUCUGGUCCCACCUCAUUCCCAGCUUAGCCGAAAGCCUCUGACGGAACUGUUCAUCGUACCGCCACCAUGCUAGGCCCCCGUAUGUGCGGUAAGCCUCCCACACCCCGUCUAAGUAACAGAAGAAUUGCGAGCAUUUUUCCGGGGCCUUUUCCCCCAGUACACUCGCCAGUAUGCAAAAGGCCCCAGCCAGUUCCCGAAAGUUUUCGGGAUUUUCCUAUAACGACGCCGCUUUUCUUCCUCCUCUUUCUUGGGAUCCUUUUUGUCUUCUUCCUUCAAGUCUAGGUAUUCCUCCAAGGGGAGAAGGGAGAAGAUCUCCACAAAUUCCCCUUUCCAUAACCUUUCCUUAACCUCUAAUUUUAGGUGACACCCCAACGGCCCCGCAAACGACACAUGCACGUUCUGCCUUGCUGCAUCUGGAAUCUCCCCCAUUAGUAUAUCCCUCUCAGCCGCCACUUCUGUGGCUGCUGACCCCGCUGAGGCUGCUACCAGCUCACCUGCACUGCUCCCGGCCCGUUCGGAGACUGGUUUCUCCCCUGACCCCAAACCCGACGACCCCGGCAACCAAGCCUUGCUAAACGAAGCCCCCUUAUCCAAACCUGAACUCCAUGAUGCAAGAAAUGUUUUCAGACCCUCUAACAAAUCUCCAGAGUGUGGUGUACUGUGAGACUCACCGACCAAACCCCUUGGUGUCGCUGAUCCUGGGGCUGCAUCCCGAACUCCGCCGUGAGAUGUUCCCGGCGAGGCUGCUGUAAAAUCCCUGCUGUCCUGAGGCCUCCUGCGGCCUGCUGACCCAACAUCCAAUGGCCUGCGAACGAAAGAAGAAAAACUGGGGAGGCCGUCAUCAGAACCCAAAUCCUCCAUGACCUCACCCAUUGGGCCUCUACAUGGACUGCUACUCCUGGCAUGCUGGCCCUUACGGCCAUAUCUAUCCCCGGAAAAACUUCUGCUCCGCCUGUCGGGAGAGCCCCUGCUCAUUGACCUGGAGGCACUCUCCUGCGAGACUGCUCCCCGAACAGGUGAGCCACGGCAACGACCAUCCGCAGACUCCCCGCUGCUACUGCGCUGCCUGCUCCGCCGUUCACUCCUGGAGCGAUGGCUAGCUCUCCUGUCCCCCCCACUGUCUCUGCGCCGCUCUGUGGGGCUAUCUGUCCUCUCCUGAGCGCGGCAAUCCCUGCCCGCCCGCUGAUCCGUUGGCCUAGAGCGCCCCACCCCUGCACCAGGCCGGGAGGGGGCCAUGCCACUGCCUGCUGUGACCCCACCGCCUGUCACCAGCGCCCUAUGAUCCUUGUUCUGGCCCGUCGCCUGUGACUGCUGCGCUGCGGGGAGGGGUGCUUGCGGCCUGGCCCUAGCCUGCAACCUGUUGUGUAUUCUUGGCGCUUCCCUACCUACCCUGGAAUAGGCUGUAGGUGCCGACUGUCCCCUGCUGUCCAAGCCCCUGCUGGCUGCCCCAUCCUCAGCGGAACCUGACUGGGUUGCAAGGGCCUCAUUUACCAACCCCUGUUUUUGCCCCCUUUUUGCCCUAACUGCCCCAGGGGACGACUCACCGCGGUUACUCCGUCCAGCUGCCUGCUCCUUGCUCCUAGCAGAGCCUGCUGCUUGUAACAGGUCUACUGCCUCUGCUGAUACUGCGCUCCUCACCGCCGCCGGGCGGCGCGGCACCAUCUUCUCCUGACCGCACACCUCAGACUCUGCCUGACGGCCGUGGUGUGUGAUCGCCCCCGGGCCGCCACCUCCGCGAAUCCUAGCCCGGCCGCCACUUCUCCUGGUGCAGGUCCCUGUCAUGCCUGCUGACGGGCUGCGGCUCCUAACCGCGCCAGCACCGGCAUCAGGGCUUAAGCGUUGUGGAGGCCUGGUCCGGCGCGCUGUCCUGCGCGCCGGCGCCGGCCCUGCCGCGCUCAGUGCUGCCCCCAACUGCUGCUCCAUCCAAGCUGCUCCAUGCUGUCGGACCGCUGCCUUCACACCCUCCAGGAUUGCUGUCAUAUCACUCUCAGCCACGGAAUCCAUCUGAAAAACAAAGAAGAAAAAAUCCCCACCAGAAGCCAGCAACAGCUAACAACAGGUAAAGAUUUCAAAUUAAAAUGGAACCCAAAUUUAAAAUGGCGAAUUAUUAUAUGUCUAAGCCACUCCCCCUUUUACCCACUAACCAAUCCAGACACACUCAUCCAUAGGCCAGCCUCCUAGCUCUGUCAAGGCCCAUUCCACCUAGCUUUGCUAUUCCAUGGGCUUCAUUCUCUCUGCAUCAAUGUCUAUUUUCCCCACUCUGCAAACUCUGCUCACACCUCCACUCAGUUCAGAAUCCCAGCCCCUAUAAACUUUGUUCCAGAUGUAUCCUCCAUCCCAUUCUGUUUCAAACUCUCUUCUUCACUCUAUUUCCAGGUCCGUUCCCCUCAGUUCCCCAUGUCCACUUUGGUAGGUUCAGACCCCUCUUACUGGUUUUUGGUUACCCUGUUACAAUCCACUGCCUCUCCGAUGUAUCACAAUUAAAAUGUUAGGUUGCAUGAAUUUGGCAAGACACAAGUUUUCUUUUUUUUAUCCUGCAGCUAAAUAAAACUGCCUUGCCCUUGGCUCGAAUGAUUUUAAAUCCACGUAUAGGUAACAAAACAGAACAAACCAGGCAGAGCUCCAAAUCACACUAUAAAUCCUACAAAAUGGAGACAAUCCAGGAUUACGCAAAUUGCUCCAACGUUAAUACGAGUGUAUGUGCUGCAAUUAACCAUUAGAGGUAAACUAGAAAAUAGUGCCAUGGUAAAGCUGAAAUUCCCUAUAGUAUUUUAUGAACCUGGUGGCUUACUACUGCAGGAGAACUAAGCUGACAGGCAAUAAAGUAUUAGUAUAAUCACUGCAACUAUUGUCUUCACUAAGGUAUUUAUCUCUGUGCUUGCAGGGGAAUUGUUCUUGGAGAUUAAGUGCCCGCUGGAAGACGUGUAUAAAAUCUACUGUUAUCACCACGACGAAGCACAAACAGUGUUAGAGUCUUAUGAAAAGGACCCAGACCUCAAAUUAUACAUGAAACAGUGCACCCAAGCCUUGAAGUGA